GCAGACAUCUUGCGAACAGCGGUACAGCUGCUGAAAAAUUGCUCUUCUUAAGUUAUUAAGUUUUUUUCGCGUGUGUAUGAUUAAUGAAGCGCGAAGUGAAGAUGUUUUCCAUACGUGGUGCUAACAUAUUGAUCCUUAAUAAGGAAAGUGGUGAACAGACGCGAAAAAUCGCAGUGAAAACGGAUCGUGUAACAAUUGGCGCCCAUCCGCUGAACAGCAUACGGCUGCACACACUCGAAGCAGAGCGGCUUCACUGUAAAUUGUUUGCCGAUUCAUCGAAUUCGGUUACUAUCCACAACUUUUCUGUGCGUAAUCCGGUCCUGCUGAAUGGCGUACGACUGGAGGGCAAAACAGUGAUACAGAAUGGCGAUAAAUUCGAAGUGGCUGGCUACUUAUUUGAGUGGAACUAUAAUCCAGCUAAUAUUAAUGCGGUUCGAAAAUCGACCAAACGCGCCACUUGUCUGCCCAGUGUUGGAAAGCCCAAAACAUUGAAACGCGUAAGAAGCUUCGGAGAACUCGUUAAACAAUGUUCUGUAAAAGUUCCGCGUGAUGUUGGUUUGAUGUUGAAUGCAAUUCGGAAACGCAGAACAAUACACAGCAUCAUUGUACCUUCAUUGAACCGGUCCCCGGAAUCAGAUGGAACGCAUGAGAAUGUCCAUUUAACCGAUAACAGUCAUGCGCAGGCCGAUACCACCAUGCAAAUGGAAUUGAAUGCCGCCAAUCCAGUUGCUACCCCCAACGAAAUUUCAACAAUUGAAAAGGAAAACGUUACAUUACGACACGAAAUACCCAAACUACAGACUACAGGCGUCAUGCUUACAUCGUACGUUUCCUUAGCAGAAAAACGACAUUUAACAUGUAAAACACCGGUCGCCUCACCUAAGCGAACGCCACUGCGACACAAGAACGCAACUUUUGAUAAAACAGAAAUUGAAGAAUAUCUGGUAAAUGUGUCCAAUCCACACGAUUCGAUGCAUUUAAUCGAUCUAACAACGCCUAUUAAAUCGCGGCCCCCAAGCGCAGUGCGCAAAGUUUUCUCCGGAAAAGUGGCCCAGUCUCCUCGUGUAUUGGACGCUAUCAAUUUGAUCUCACCAAGUCCGAAGAAAGUUAAUCGAACGCCUAAUUCGGUGAAAGCUGUAGCACCUUCAACACCUAAAGUAGCAUUGCUUAAAUCGGCCAUUAAAAAUUCUCGAAUACAUGCUUCGGACACUAAGAAAACACCGUUGGCGUCGUCUCUAUCGAACAAGAAGACGCCAAAUGUUAAGAUCAAUUCGAGCGUACGGACAGAUACACAUAAGGUGACACCGAUUUCUAGCAAAACUUCUGCGGUUAAGUUGCGCAAACAUUUGAUAUCGUCGCUAAACAAAAAAGAUUCUAGUGGCACUCCAGUUCCAAUUAUCACUGCAGAAGCACCGACAGAUCCAAACACUACUCCAAUACCAAUUGUGACAACCGAAACAGUAAGCAAACAUUCAACACCGGUACCCGAAAGCAUCCCUAGGGACCAACAGUCGCUACAAUCCGUAAUACCCGAAUAUAAAGACGAGAUUAUCGCGAAUGUUGUAGAUACGGGUGUUGAAGACACGGCAGUUGUUAUACCGAUGUUUGAUGUACAAUCAGUUAUAAAGAAGCCCAACAGGACAACACAAAUACGAUCGGCAAAAUAUUCAGAUGUGACGCCUCAUGAAUCCUUUAUGGAUGGAGUAACACCAGCUGUUGUCCCGCCGGAAGAUAAUGCGCUUGUGUUGCAUGCGGACAUCAACGAACCCGUGCGAUCUAACACGCUAAACGAAGAGCUGAAAAACGUGAACGACGUACCUACAUGUACCCGCCUGAACCGUAAUUCUUGCUUACCGAUUAGUACUGCGCAACUUACGCCCCAGCCAACAAAGUCACGGAAAACAUUUAGCGCUCUCGAUUACAACAGUUUAUCCGUAAGCCCGAUGAGCCGUGUUAGUAUCCCGGAAGAUCCGAUAAUAGAUUUGGAUUUAGAUUCGGAACUCAGUUCUCUGGAUGAUCACGUGAAUGAGGAUGAACUUUUGGCAAGUAGUGAUUCAGAGCCUGUCCAUGAUAUAGAAAUAUUACCCGCGAAAGUUAGUACACCGCAGCUGAGGGAUUCGUUGCGAGAUACGCGAAAAUUUAUUGGUAGCGCUUUUACGUCCUUAAACACAUCAAGACCACAGCUGGACUUGACAGCCGAAAUAGAUGAAAGCCUACUGAUUAAUGAGGAAGAAGAACCGGAUCACGGUAAUAAUGAGAUGUACAACAUGCAAGCAGCUCAUGAGUCAGAGUUGCCAAAUGAACAAAUUAUUUCAAAUGCCCUUGUCGUAAGUGAUGACACGGCGACGCCAAUGGAAACGAAGCCGAAAUCAUCUUCAGCAUCAAUUCUUUCUAACAGUAUGCGGGAAUGCUUUUCAUCUAAACACUCGAAAAUAAAUGACAAUCGAAGGAAUACGCUCUCCACUGCAGUUCUACAGGAUUCAUCAAGAGGAUUGACGAAAGAAGACAUAAAUUGUGUUUCACAAUAUAUGAAAACGACUCCAUCUGAGGAAGAACCCAAACACGUCUCCGAUGUCUCUGUCCAUGAGCAGCUGCAACCAGUUGAUGCUGAUCUCGAUUACAGUAAGAAUAUGCUGAAUCCUGCUGCAGAUUCCAACCAACUGUCGCCUAACUAUAGCUUAAAGAUCAUUCCGAAAACACCAACACGUUUGCCGGAAUCUGCCAAUGAGCAUGUAAGUGAAACUAAAAUGCUGCUUAGCACUCCUAAAAUCGCCGAUGAGUACAUACAAGAAAACCGUGAGAAUAUGUUCAGCACACCGAAAGCAAUAGAAUCAUCUGAGGUGGGCUGCGAUAGGGUAUCAACGUGUAUCAAUCUGAUAGGUGUUAAGGAAAUGCUUAAGACUCCUAAAGUCUCUCAUUCAGACGUUAAUUACUGCCAUGCGAUGGAAAAUAUGUUUAGAACACCGAAAUCCGUAGUUUCAUCUGAGACAGAGAAGGAAAACAGUUUUGCUAAUGUUGAGUGUAAUGAAGAAUUGCACAACACUCUACCCGAAGGCCAAUCUGAUGGUCAAGACUGUGAAGAAAUUCAACAUGGUAUUAAUGCUGAGCCUACAUCGCCAAGCGCUGAAUUAGUGGACAUUGACAAGAUGAAGGAACUGAGCAGCACACCUAAGUCGAUAUCUUUCGCUGAUGCAGAUCGAAAUGACUCAUCUUGUAUCGAUCUGGAAGAUUCUGUUGACCCUUUGUCGUCUGCUGUUGAUAUCGAAGGCAAUCGUCAGGUCGAGGAGAUACCGAGCACACCGAAACCGAUAUCUAGUAUCGAUGAAGAUCAAAAUGAGUUAUCCUGUGCGGAUCUGGUAGAAGCUGAAGACGUCGAGAUGCAGGAGUUAAACAGAACACCGAAGCCGAUAUCUAGUAUCGACGCAGAUAAAAACGAGUCAGUUUGUAUUGAACUAGCAGUUGCGGAUGAUUCCUUAUCACCUGCUGCUACUGUAGAAGAUACUUGUGAGGUCGAAAAAAUACCCGAUGAACAGCCAAGUGCGUCAACCUGUACCGAUCUUGCAGAUGUCGUGGAAGAUGUGGCAUCAACUGGCAAUAUCGAAGAAAACGAUGAGGUGAAUGAGUUGAACAGAACACCGAAGGCAAUUUUGUCUAUGCAAGUAGAAAACGAGAAACAAAAUUGUGUCAAUCUGGUAGGUGUGAAAGAGCUGCUUAAGACGCCUAAAAAUUGCAACGCUGAUGAUGCAGAUUAUCGUGAGCUUCAGGACAUGUUCAAAACACCAAAGCCGUCAUCUAGAAUUACUGCUAAGGGCUCAGAGACGUGUGUAAGUUUGGUCGGGGUAAAAGAACUGUUAAAAACUCCUAAAAACAUCGACAUGGAUGCUUCAAACUUGAGUGCGAUUCAAAAUAUGCUUAAAACUCCUAAGCCGGUAUCUUGCGAUGAUGCAGAUUCGAAUGAGUCAGUCUGUGCCGUUGUUGAGCAUGUAGAAGAAGAGCCUGGAUCGCCAUGCGCUGAUAUUGAUGACAAUUGUAAGGUCGAAGCGAUACCCAAAACACCGAAGGCGCAAUCUGCUUCUGUCCUAGAUCAAAAUAAGUCAACAUGUGUUGAUAUUUCUAACGACGUACAGCCUGCGUCACCAAGCACUGAUAUAGAACACCAUGUUGAGGUUGAGGCAAAGGAGUUGUUACAAACACCGAAUCUGACACGUCAAUCUGGAAAGGAAGAUCAAAACUGCGGCAAUCUGGUAGGUGUGAAAGAGCUGCUUAAGACUCCGAAAAACAGCAACAUAGAUGAUGCUGAUUACCGUGAGCUUCAGGACUUGUUCAAAACACCAAAACCAUGCAAACCUGCAAUUUCCGGAAAAGCAGAAGAUCCCAUUGUAAAUUUGGUCGGGGUAAAAGAACUGUUAAAAACACCCAAAACUACCCACAAAGAAACUCAAGACUCGAUUGCGAUGCAAAAUAUGUUCAAAACACCGAAGGCAACAUCUUCAGUUGAAACAAGCACCGAUAAAGCAGAAUCAUCCUUUGUUAAUCUAGUUGGUGUAAAAGAGCUGCUCAAGACUCCUAAAAACUCCGUAACAGAGACGCAAGAUUUGUCUGAUAUGCCAGAUAUGUUUAAAACUCCAAAACCUAUAGCUGCAAAUAAGUUAGACAACAAGAAAUCAGUAAAGCAUGAUGAUAGCGGAAAAGAGUCCGUCGAAAUGGCAAAGGAGGAGACAAAACUUGAUCCAGCAACACCUACGAGAACGAUGAGAAAGCGAAAGCUUUAUUCAAGAAAAUAUGAGGAACUGAAAACACCAGACAACUUAACGGCUCCAAGUCCACAGCGUGGUGUUUCAGAUGCAGAGUAUUUGAACAUAUUAAAACUCCCAGUCGCGAAGGAGAAUAUUUUAACUGAAAAGUUUUCGGAAUCUCCUGCUCGAAGAGAUAUGCCGAAACGAACAUGUCGUCAAAAAAUCGAAAGUUUGUCAGAGGAGGUUUUGGCCGGAAAGUCUCCAGCCCCGAAAUACUGCAAACCACCAGCGCAGAAAGAAGAUGCUGCUACGCCAAUCAUAAAGGAAGAAGUAGAUGCGCUAUUAACAAUUAGACGUGUUGCAUUCGUUGAUGUUGUAAACGUUAAGGAAUUCAACUCGCCAAAUAUUGUUGGGGAUGUAAUAAAGAACGUUAAUAGACAACCACGUGGAAGGAAACGUAUUACUGAGGCACAUGAUUCGUUGAAUAGCUCAGAAGAAGCUACGGAGCAGGUGGUUGAAAAUGUCAAGAGAAAACGUGGGCGACCUGCCAUGGUUAAGGAGAAUUUGGAACAACAGAAGGCAGUUGCCACGGGUGGUAGUCAACGAAUAACUGAAUCUAACGCAACUAGCGAGUCAGAGGAUUUAGUUAGCGACCAACAAAGCUCGGAUGUCACUAAUGAGGAUAUGGGGCUUGUUGAUACAGAGACAAAGGAGAAAAAUGAAGAUGAGCAACCCACUGAUGUAGCUGGUAUCGAGCAGAAACUACCAAGAAGACGGCAACAAACAAAAGGGCUCAAAUCAGCAUCAGCAACGAAGCACAUUUUAAGCGAAGAAAGUGUGAAUGAAAACGAUACACCGGUCAAGAAACGGGGACGGACACAAAAGAAAGCGUCUGAAGUUGAUGUUUUGGCUGAAACAUCUAAUAGCACACCUUUGAGAAGGGGAAGGCCUAAGAAAGCUUUGCAAAUAGUAGAAGAAACAGCCUCAACAGAUAACCAGAAUAAUGAAACAGAUAAACUAGCACAGGAUGAAACGAAGUCAGUUGAUGAAAAAGCUAAUGUAGAAGUAAAUAACGUGACCGAAUCGGGGAAAGAAGAGCAAGAUAUUGUAAAACCUGUUGUAAAAGGACGUAGACGUAAGAUAGAAGCACACAAGGAGGAAAAUACGGUGCAUAAGUCAGCGGAAACUGUACAAGAAGCAACGAAGCCUGCCAGCAGAGGCCGUAGACGUAAGGUUGAAGAACCACAGGAGAAAGAAUUGGAAAAAGAAGUUUCAGAAACAGUGCAGGAUCAGCCGAAAGUUGUUGGUAGAGGCCGUAGACGUAAGAUAGAGGCACAUAAUGAAGAUGAAGCGGUAAAAGAAGAUGUUGUAGCAGUUGCACAGCAAACGACGAAACCGGUAGCCAGAGGCCGUAGACGCAAGAUUGAAGAACAUAAUGAUGAAGAACCGUUAGAAAAAGUAACAGAAGAUGUGCAGGAUUCAUCUAAAUCUGUUGACAAAACUCCUCAGCGUAAUACAGAGGUAUGUGUCGAGGAAGAUUCGGCCAAAGUAGAUGUCGCUGUUGCACAGAAUGAAACCAAGCCUGUGCGUAAAGGUGGCAGACGUAAGCAGGAACUAAUUAAAGCAGAAGACACAGAGAGUGAAGAUGCAUCAGUUAUAAAGGAUGAAGUGAAGCCUGUCGGCAAAGGGCGUAGACGUAAAGUAGAAGUGCAGACAAAAGAAGAGUCGACUGAAGUGAAAGCUGUCAAAGGUCGUAGACGUAAGAUAGAGGUGCCGGCUGAGGAAGUAGAACCACAGAAAGUGGAAGAGAAACAUGAACCUAGUGAAACUCCAAAACGUGGUAAGAGCGAAACUGUUGUCGUCAGUGGAUCGCAGCAGGAUACAGGCGAACAGAAACACGAUCAGGAAACUAGCGCCAAAACCACGACAAAGGCAAGAAAAACCGCCAAAAAAGAUGAAGCAAGCAAUACUGAUGAUUCGGUCGCAGUAGAAAAUGCUGCUGAUUCAAGUCCAAAAACCGAGACGAGGCCGGUGAGAAGAACUCGUGCUAAACGGAACUAAUUCGUAAAUGGCGUGGUAACAUCAUCAUUUAUUUUGUUUGGUUCAUUCGUUUUUAUUUUACGAUAUACAUAUUAUCUCUUUUGUGUUAUUUCGUUUGUGUAAUGCGUAUGAGUGAUUUGAAUACACUUUAUUAUAUUAUAGUUUUUAUUA